AUGGCGAAGAGGGCGGCACUUUCUGUCUUGAAGGCGGCGAAGGCAGCAGAGGUCGCGGCCGCCACAGCGGCAGCCGAAGCAGCGAUUGAAGCAGCUACCGCGAAACCAGCACCGGCAAAGAUUGCAGUCGAGGAAGCAGAGGCGGCAAUAGCUAGAACAACAUAUGUGAAAUCAGAAAUGGACCCGUCCGUGAACUACAGGAGAACGCCAAGUGGCUACAAAAGCGGCAACAAGGGUUCAGGCUCCACGUCAUGUUCUGGUGUGGAAGCAGAGAACGGUGGUGUUACUGCCACGGUCAAGACCUGGGAGUCAGACAUGUCGGAAUCGGACAUGUCGGAAUCGGACAUGUCGGAAUCGGACAUGUCGGAAUCGGACGAGGACACACCACAGGACACCGAAGAUAUCGGGGAGGAGCAUGAGUCAUCACACGAUGGCGGUCUUGUUUCAGAGUCCGGAAAUGCCGAUCACGAGAGGCAUGGCGAAGCUGAGGUAACUCCUGGGAUGGCUGGCGGAGAAGAGAAGGGAGAAGAGGAGCAUCACAGCGACAAAGAGGAGGAGGAGGAUGAGGAGCAUGAAGAGAAUGGAAGGCGAGGCAAGCGCAAGCACAGGGGUGCAGCCAAACCCCCUCGGCGGCACAGCGUCCGUGCUGCCAGCAGCUGGCGACCCAACUACGAAAGGUGA